UUUAAAAGCUCUGUGCUUCCAAGUUAGAAAAGCGCUUUUACGAGGUAUCAGCACUUUUCUUUCAUUAGGGAAGGCGUGAGGAAAGUACCAAACAGCAGCCGACUUUUAAACUUUAAAUAGACAGGUCUGAGUGCCUGAACUUGCCUUUCUUUUGACUUCAUCCUCCCAGGAGCUCAACCACUUGGCGCGCCUGCUGCACUUCCAUUAAGCGAAAGAGAGGUGCCCAGGCGACAUGGGUGACUGGAGCGCCCUAGGGAAACUUCUGGACAAGGUCCAAGCCUACUCCACUGCUGGAGGGAAGGUGUGGCUGUCUGUCCUCUUCAUUUUCAGAAUUCUGCUACUUGGGACAGCAGUUGAAUCAGCUUGGGGUGACGAGCAGUCUGCCUUUCGCUGCAACACUCAACAACCAGGUUGUGAAAACGUGUGCUAUGACAAGUCCUUCCCUAUCUCUCACGUGCGCUUCUGGGUCCUGCAGAUCAUAUUUGUGUCUGUGCCCACACUCCUGUACCUGGCCCAUGUGUUCUACGUGAUGCGCAAGGAAGAGAAACUGAACAAGAAAGAGGAGGAGCUCAAAGUGGCCCAAACAGAUGGUGUCAACGUGGAGAUGCACUUGAAGCAGAUAGAAAUCAAGAAGUUCAAGUACGGAAUUGAAGAGCAUGGCAAGGUGAAGAUGCGUGGAGGCCUGCUGAGAACCUACAUCAUCAGCAUCCUGUUCAAGUCGGUUUUUGAGGUGGCCUUCCUGCUCAUCCAGUGGUACAUCUAUGGCUUCAGCUUGAGUGCUGUGUACACCUGUAAGAGAGACCCCUGCCCGCAUCAGGUGGACUGCUUCCUCUCCCGCCCCACGGAGAAAACCAUCUUCAUUAUCUUCAUGCUGGUGGUUUCCUUGGUGUCCCUGGCCUUGAAUAUCAUUGAACUCUUCUAUGUCUUCUUCAAGGGCGUUAAGGAUCGUGUGAAGGGCAGGAGUGACCCUUACCAUGCCACCACUGGUCCCCUGAGCCCCUCAAAAGACUGCGGGUCUCCAAAAUAUGCUUAUUUCAAUGGCUGCUCCUCACCGACCGCUCCUCUGUCGCCUAUGUCUCCUCCUGGGUAUAAGCUGGUGACUGGCGACAGAAACAAUUCCUCUUGCCGCAAUUACAACAAGCAGGCCAGUGAGCAAAACUGGGCUAAUUACAGCGCAGAGCAAAACCGAAUGGGGCAGGCAGGAAGCACCAUCUCCAACUCCCACGCUCAGCCUUUUGAUUUCCCCGAUGAGAACCAGAAUGCCAAAAAAAUCGCUGCUGGCCAUGAACUCCAGCCGUUAGCCAUUGUGGACCAGCGGCCUUCAAGCAGAGCCAGCAGUCGCGCCAGCAGCAGGCCUCGGCCUGAUGACCUGGAGAUCUGAGGAGGCAGCAGCAAGAUGCCACUGCUCGUGGAGAAGAAAAAGGUGCUGUUGCAAGAGCACCUGAAGUGUUCCUUUUGUCCAGUAGAGGUGGUACUCAAGGGCCUUAGCAAUGAGGCUUAGAAACAGACAUUAUAAUACCUUAGGUUCUUUGGGGGUAGGGGGUGUAGGGGAUAGGUGGGUGGAGCAGAUGGGGAUAAGGGAGGUACAUGUUGGUAUUUAACGUAGUGCGCAUUCAAAGAACUUAAGUUUUAAAUAAGAGUUGCAUUAGGUGAACAUAAGUAAGGGCUUUUUCUCCUUUUCACCCCAAAACCCUUAAGAAUGGUUCUGUAUAUGUGGAUGAGUGGGUGAUAAUUGUGACUAAAUGUUUUUUAGUUUUGUUUUACCAAGAAACUGAGAUAGCUUUGGCCAAUACUUCCUUAGCAUUAUGUUUCUUUUCAACAGCAAAAGACAGAAGAUUGUUCCCUUGUCCUUGCUAAGACAUUCCAUUGUUAGAAUUUGCACUUUGAAGGUAAGCUUUCUAGGCCUGACCCUCAGGUGUCAGUGGACUUGGGCUACUAUCUUUUUUUUUUUUUUUCUCUUUCUAUGUUUGAUAGCAGUUGAGGCAGGCUCACAGAUAAAGGUUUUCCAUGUAUUUACAUCUCAGCUGUUCCUUUUUAUAUCGGUUCCAUCAUGUUACUAUCACUUGUUCAUCAUUCCUCAAUUAUUCUUCACAUUGACUGGUUCUGGAAACCUUUUUAUAAGACAGUUGAGAUGUCAAUUAGAGGUUUUUUGUUUUUUGUUUCUUUUUUUGAGUCAGGGAAGCAAGCCAUGCUCAAUGUCCAGGAGUCACUUCUAGGUAUCCAUGCAUGGAAGAGUGUGUUUAUGUGUCAAGUAUUGGUAGAAGCAGAUGCAGUAUAAACUCAUACACAGAUUUGAAUAGAAUUUGAAUAGAAUACAGUGUUCAAAUUUGAAACAUCCUCAUGGAUUUUUGUGGUGUGGGCCAAUAUGGUGUUUACAUUAUAUAAUUCCUGCUGUGCAAAUAAAGCACACUUUUUUUCCUAAAAUGUUUUCUUCCAUGUAUCCUAUUGUGGAUACUGGUCUUGUUAAUUAUGAUUUUCUUUCUCUUUAUUAUUUUUUGUAGAGUGUAGCAGUGAUGCUAUUACUGAGAUGAGUGAUUUUUCUCUGAGAUAUAAUCAUUGAUGCUUGAAUGAUAGAAUUUUAGUACUGUAAACAGGCUUUAGUUGUUAAUGUGAGAGAAUUAGAAAUGCUUAGAGUAGGCUAUUAUGUGUGCCUAAAUGAAUUUUGCAGCCAUUGGUAUUUUGGUUUUGUCAUACUUACUACACAUUAAUUCAAAACUGUAUUUGCUCAUGAGUUUGACAGUCUUGGAGUGACCUGCAACUUUGAUGUUUGCACUAAGAUUUUAUGUGGAAUGCAAGAGAGGUCAGGUGGGUUCCAGUAGUUCACAUGGAACUAAUUUAUUUGAACUAAAUCCUACAGACAUCUACCAAUUUCUUCAAGUGCCUUUUGUAAACUCGUCACAGAUGACUGGUGACAAUGUUGAGUGUCAUACUUCUUGCAUGUCAGCUACAUCAACAGUUGUGUACAAUGAAAGAUACUAAUUUGUUUGACAUUCCAUGUUCAACUACUGUCGUGUUCAGCUUCAUUGCAUGUAAUGUAGACCUAGUUCAUCGGAUCAUGUGUUCCAGAGAGUGUUCUUUAUUCAAUAAAGUUUUAAUUUAGUAGAAA